AUGUCUUCAUUGGCUAACUGGUCAGAUCUUCCUCAAGAUCUUGCUAUCUCUAUUGCUAAGCUAAUGGUUUGCAUGGAGGACUUUUUAUCUUUUGGGGCGGUCUGUAAAUCAUGGAGAUCCACUGCCACAAAAGAAAACUUUACUGGUGGAUUAAAACAUCAAGUUCCGUUCCUUAUAUUACCCGAGAAGGAGGGCACGGCCAAUCGUGAGUUAUACAACUUAACAAAAGGUAAGUGUUUUGAACUUUCUGGGCUAGAAGUUAAGGGUCAAAGGUUGUUUUCUUCUCUUGGAUGGCUGCUAACUGAAUCAAAAGAUGCAAAAGUUUUAACGCUAUUGCAUCCUUUAAAUCAUACCCAAAUCAAGUUACCAGAGAACUUCCGAUACGAAUUUAUAAAGUCGUUUGCCUUAUCAGCAAGUCCUUCAUUGACAUCGGAUUUCGUUGUCAUGGUUCUUUAUCAUUACCGCAGGGGAUUGGCUUUUUGCAAAGAAAAGGACAACGAAUGGACUAGAGUGGAUGCAAGGAAAAGGGGAAACAAUUCCUACUUUGAUCUCACUUAUUAUAGGGAGCAAUUUUAUGUCUUGGAUCUUCAUGGCCGUGUUUUGGUUUGUGACAUUGAAGACCCUAAGAAAGCAAAAACGCGGGUAGUUGUUCCACAGAUACCAAGGGAUACAAGUUUUAAGGAUUAUCCGACCAGAUUAUACCUGGUGGAAUCAGCAGGAACCUUACUUGUUGUACGAGUGGGCUAUCAAGAUAAAACCAUUGGGUUUAGGGUUUUUGAGGUGCCAUUUAGCAAUUGCGAUUGGUCAUACUCCAAAGUUAAGAAUUUGGGAAAUAGAACCUUGUUCUUGAAUGUUUUAGGUUCUUCCUUUUCAAUUGAGGCUUCAAACUACUCCGGCGUCAAGUCCAAUUGCAUAUACUUCAGAUCUAUUCUGUUCAGUUUGGACGAAGAAGCGGGCUCGGGCAUGUGUAUCUUUGAUACGGAAGAUGAAAAAAGUGACUUGCGUGGGGUUUUUAUAAACUCUUCUAGUUUUGCAAUGUCCUAUUUAUGGAUCCAACCCAGUUUUUAA